GCCUUCCAUAGGUUCCCGACCUCCCCCAUUGCGGAACAGCCCCGAUAUUCCCCGGAAUGACGGAGCUCCACGUCCUGUGAAUGGCGUACAGGAGGAAGGGUGACUCGGGUAAUGGGCAAACGCCCGGUUGCGACGACAACCCCAAUCACAUCGUCUACAGGAAGAUGGAGCGCAUUGUAGAACGAAUGCAGGAUGAGCAGAAUGGUGUGCCUGUCAAGACGGUUAAGAGCUUUAUGUCCAAGAUUCCCAGUGUCUUUACAGGCUCUGACUUGAUUGCUUGGAUGCUCAAAAACCUCGAUGUCGAAGACCAAACGGAAGCUCUUCACUUGGGUCACUUGAUGUCGGCGCAUGGUUAUUUCUUCCCCAUAGAUGACCACAUUCUGACCGUAAAGGCAGACGGAACGUUCUACAGGUUUCAGACUCCUUACUUUUGGCCGUCCAACUGCUGGGAGCCCGAAAAUACGGACUACGCCGUCUACCUGUGCAAACGCACUAUGCAGAACAAGACGCGCUUGGAAUUAGCAGACUACGAAGCUGAAAAUCUAGCGCGUUUGCAGAAGAUGUUCUCGAGGAAGUGGGAAUUUAUUUUUAUGCAAGCCGAGGCCCAGGCUAAGGUGGAUAAAAAGCGGGAUAAGUUAGAAAGAAAAGUUCUAGAUAGUCAAGAGCGUGCCUUCUGGGAUGUCCAUAGGCCAGUGCCAGGCUGCGUCAACACGACGGAAAUGGACAUCAAGAAAGCGUGCCGAAUGAACAAACCUUUCAAAAGUGCCAAG